AUGAUGAUGAUGCCAAUUUUCAAUCAUGGCAGCAUUUGGGAAGGACUUCAGAAACUCUUAAAAAUACCAGCAACUUGGGCUCUUCCAUCAGAGAUUCUCAUUAAAUGGGUCUGGGUUGGGACGCACAUAACAAUAUUGUCUAAAAGCUCCUCAACCUUCCAACUAGCACCGGCUGUCGGCACGUUCCAUCAUAGCACAGCCCUUGUUCCAUCCGAGCCCACGGUGUCGGGCCCCAGUGGAGAUCUGGGCAUGCUGGUGGAGGCAGGUGCAAAAGGCAAGGACGAUGGCCUUGGGAAAGCAGAAUAUGCUGCCAUCAACUCCAUGGCGGACCAGAUCAACUCCUGUCUGGACCACCUAGAGGACCACCACCUCCAUGUCUGCCUUCAGGAGCUGCUUGAGUCCAACUGGCAGACAUGCCUUGGGUUCCAGCAGCAGCUUGGCGAGUUCCCUAGAGAUGCCAGUCCCUAG